CCUAGUUUUCUCCCUUUGGUCCCCCAGCGUCCCCAACUCCCAUCCCGUGACCGCUGUUGUCUGCUGUCGAACUUGUAGCCCCAGGGACCUCAGCUUCGACCCUGGGGCCUCCUCAGUACCCCAGCCUCCCCUGUGUGUCUCCCCUCUAUCCCUCACUUCCUGGGUGGCCCCCCUCGUCGUUUCCCCCAUCUCUCAGUGCCUCUUGGUACCCCCAGCUUUCACUCUGGGCCGCAUUGAUUGUCCCCACCUUCCUUCCUGUGCCUUUCUUAGUGCUGCCGACUUUUCUGCCUCUGUAUUCCCACUCGACCCCCCACGUCGCCUGUCUCCCUUCUGCGUUUCUCCAUUUGUCUCCGCUGUUCUCCAUUUUACUGUUUCUAACUCCUUUUCUGACUCCCUGCUUCUCCCUGCUUAUUGUCUCUCCUGCGCGUGCAGAUUUCGUCUGCGCCUGCUCCCUCCUUCCCCACAGCCUCAUUACCCCAGAGUCUGCCAACCCCCAAUCCUGUGUCCACCUCCUGCGCCCACAGGUGACCUGGAAGCUGGUGACAGGGAGCGUGUGACCCGUGUGGCCAUGUGACUGGGACGGGCAGGCCCGUCCCUCCAGGCCCAGAAUCGGGAACAGCGCCGGUGGGGUGCCAUCUGGGUGUCUGUGCAGGAACCCGCUGCACCUGGUGAGGUGGGCAUGGGAGACCGGGCACAGCUGACCAGAGACCCCGUUUUCUUCCAGACUGAGGGGGAAGGCGGUGGGGCCUCCGCACCUGCCCCGCGGAAGAUGCAGUUUUUCGGCCGCCUGGUCAAUACCCUCAAUAGCGUCAGCAACUUGUUCUCAAACCCAUUCCGGGUGAAGGAGGUGGCUGUGGCCGACUACUCCUCGAGCAGCCGGGUCCGGGAGGAAGGGCAGCUGAUUCUGUUCCAGAAUACUUUGCACCGCACCUGGGACUGCGUCCUGGUCAACCCCAGGAACUCGAAGAGUGGAUUCCGACUCUUCCAGCUGGAGGUGGAGGCCGAUGCCCUGGUGAACUUCCAGCAGUAUUCUUCCCUGUUGCCGCCCUUCUAUGAGAGCUCCAGCCAAGUCCUGCACGCCGAGGUCCUGCAGCAGCUGAGCGACCUCAUCCGCAGCCACCCCAGCUGGUCGGUGGCCCACUUGGCAGUGGAGUUGGGGAUCCGAGAGUGCUUCCAUCACAGCCGCGUCAUCAGCUGCGCCAAUAGUGUGGAGAAUGAGGGGGGCUGCACCCCCCUGCACCUGGCCUGCCGCAAGGGUGACGGGGAGAUCCUGGUGGAGCUGGUACAAUACUGCCACGCCCAGAUGGACGUCACCGAUAACAGCGGAGAGACUGCCUUCCAUUAUGCUGUCCGGGGUGACAAUUCCCAGGUGCUACAGCUCCUAGGGAAGAAUGCCUCAGCUGGCCUGAACCAGGCCAAUAACCAAGGGCAGACGCCGCUGCACCUGGCCUGCCAGCUGGGGAAGCAGGAGAUGGUCCGUGUGCUCCUGCUGUGCAAUGCUCGCUGCAACAUCAUGGGGCCCGGCGGCUGCCCCAUCCACACAGCCAUGAAGUUCUCCCAGAAGGGGUGUGCUGAAAUGAUCAUCAGCAUGGACAGUAACCAGAUCCACAGCAAAGACCCCCACUAUGGAGCCAGCCCCCUCCACUGGGCCAAGAACGCGGAGAUGGCCCGCAUGCUGCUGAAACGGGGCUGCGACGUGAACAACACCAGCUCUGCAGGGAACACAGCCUUGCAUGUGGCCGUGAUGCGCAACCGCUUCGACUGCGUCAUGGUGUUGCUGACCCACGGGGCCCACGCCGAUGCCCGCGGAGAGCACGGCAACACACCGCUGCACCUGGCCAUGUCGAAAGACAACGUGGAGAUGGUCAAGGCCCUCAUUGUGUUUGGAGCAGAGGUGGACACCCCAAAUGACUCUGGGGAGACUCCUGCCUUACUAGCCUCCAAGAUCAGCAAACUUGUCACUAGGAAGGCGCUCUUAACUCUGCUGAGAACUGUAGGGGCCGACUGCCAGUUGCCACUCGUCUCGGUGGUCCCCGUGCAGCAGGGCUCCGCGGCAGCACACCACCGUGUCUCCCUGGAAAGAUCUCAGCCCCCACCGAUCAGCUUAAAUAACCUAGACUCCAGCACCUCUGGACAGGACAGCCCAGCCACAGCAGUCAGUCACCCAAACCAGGCUGGAUGGUGGGCCUGGGCACGGCAUCAGAUGGAACUGCAGGACCUCAUGCACAUCUCCCGGGCCCGGAAGCCGACAUUCAUCCUGAGCUCCAUGCGGGACGAGAAGCGGACCCAUGACCACUUGCUCUGCCUGGACGGCGGGGGUGUGAAAGGCCUGGUCAUCAUCCAGCUCCUCAUCGCCAUCGAGAAGGCCUCAGGCAUCGCCACCAAGGACCUCUUUGACUGGGUGGCAGGGACCAGCACCGGGGGCAUCCUGGCCCUGGCCAUUCUGCACAGCAAGUCCAUGGCCUACAUGCGGUGCUUGUACUUCCGCAUGAAGGAUGAGGUGUUCCGGGGCUCGCGGCCCUACGAGUCGGGGCCCCUGGAGGAGUUCCUGAAGCGGGAGUUUGGAGAGCACACCAAGAUGACGGACGUCAAGAAGCCCAAGGUGAUGCUGACGGGGACGCUGUCGGACCGGCAGCCCGCUGAACUUCACCUCUUCCGGAAUUACGAGGCUCCGGAGUGUGUCCGGGAGCCUCGGUUCAGCCAGAAUAUUAACCUGAAGCCUCCAACGCAGCCCUCAGACCAGCUGGUGUGGCGGGCAGCCCGAAGCAGUGGGGCAGCCCCCACCUACUUCCGGCCCAACGGGCGCUUCCUGGACGGCGGGCUGCUAGCCAACAACCCCACGCUGGAUGCCAUGACCGAGAUCCAUGAGUACAACCAGGACCUGAUCCGCAAGGGCCAGGACAGCAAGGUGAAGAAGCUCUCAGUUGUCGUCUCUCUGGGGACAGGGAGGUCCCCGCAGGUGCCCGUGACCUGUGUGGAUGUCUUCCGUCCCAGCAACCCCUGGGAACUGGCCAAGACUGUUUUUGGGGCCAAGGAACUGGGCAAGAUGGUGGUGGACUGUUGCACAGAUCCAGAUGGGCGGGCCGUGGACCGCGCCCGGGCCUGGUGCGAGAUGGUCGGCAUCCAGUACUUCAGAUUGAACCCCCAGCUGGGGACGGAUAUCAUGCUGGACGAGAUCAACGACUCGGUGCUGGUCAACGCCCUCUGGGAGACGGAGGUCUACAUCUAUGAGCACCGGGAGCAGUUCCAGAAGCUCAUCCAGCUGCUGCUCUCGCCGUGAGGCCACCAAGCCCCCAGCCGCCCCCACCCCACCCACCUGCCCAGCCCCUGCUGGGGAGGCCUGGCGAGCUGGUCAGGGCUGAGCCCAGGCAGCUCCAUGUCCACAGACCGGCCUCAGAGGGGCCAGGCUUCCUGCCCGAGGCUGCUCCUGAGGCCUCUCUCCCCUCUGUCCCCACCUUCUGGCACUUUUUGUCAUUCCAGGCUUACAAAGCCUAGAGCCUCACUCUGGCCUCUCCCUGACUGCCAAGGACAACUGACUCUCAGGCCCGUUGCCCUGUCGGCUCUAACAGUAAGGGCACCCGGGCGUGUCCCCAGCCCUGCCUUGCCCCAGCCCGGCCUCCCAGAGGGCCCUGGGCUCUUCUAGAUCCCCGGGGGAGUGCAGCGACCCCUGCCACCCUCUGCCCUCUUCCCUGGGAGCAGGGCUGAAGCAGGGGCUGUCGCCCACCCCGUCAGCAGGGGAAACCCAGGCUCCAGGAGUUGGAGCCCCAUUCGACUUUGCUCCUCAACACACGCCCAGCCACCUGCACCCCUCAGAGCUGCCCCACCCCGCGAGCUCUCCUCAGCUCUCAAAGGUCACUCCUAUGACUUAAGUUAUUUUUCCCGACAGGACGUGGUUUAUGAUGGGGAGGGGCGCCAGGGGCUGCCUGCAAACUGUGAAAUAAACUGUCUGAUCCCA